UGUUACUAAAUGGGUAAUGGCUCUCAGGAGCAACAAUAUCCACCACUUGUUAGACAAGGCUCUCUGUACAAUAAUCUCACAUUUGAUGAGGUUCAGAGCCAGUUGGGAAACACAGAGAAGCCUCUCCAUAACAUGAAUUUGGAUGAGCUUCUAAGAAAUGUGAUCUCAGCUGAAAGUGGACUAGUUGUGCAAAACCCUUUACCACCACCUGAUUCAUUUCUUUUAGGUAAUAACACAGAUUCGAAUGGGGCUUCAAGCCACAAAACAUCUAAUGAGGUGUGGAGGGACAUUGUUCACUCAGAACAAGUUUACAGGUCAGUGAACAAUAACUUACAACAAUCCAUCUUGGGUCAAACAAAUUUGGAGAGUUUUCUAGCUCGUGCAAUGGACCCAAUGGUCAUGGGUUCACAACCACAAGAGUGGUUGCCAUUGCAAGUUCCUGGUAUUAAUUUCCAACAACAGCCUCACCAGGAGCAACAUCAACACAUAAGAAGGUUGUGUCCAGAUUUCAGUGUUUACAAACCAGUUUAUGAGAACCAAGUUUUGGAUAUUGGUUACUCAGAAAACUCAAUGGCAACAAUGCCAUCCACAUGUUCUGAUUCCAAGGAAGUUGAUGAUGUUAAGAGGAAGCAUAGUUACUCUGAUGAGAUGCUGGAAAAGACUAUUGAGAGGAGGAAGAAGAGAAUGGCCAAGAAUAGAGAAUCUGCUGCAAGAUCAAGGGCAAAAAAACAGGUAAGUAUAUAAGGGUAGUAGCAAUUUUCAAUUUUACUCAAUCAUUUUGUUUAGUAAAUGAUAUUUUUAUUCACGAUGAAAAUUCAUCAUUCUUGUUUAUUUGGUGAU